AUGAAGCAGUCGUUCGCUCUCCCUCUCCUCCUCGCAGCCAGCACCCAGGCCAGCACCAUCGAAGUCCGCCAAGAUGGCUGCAAGGACGUGCACAUCUUCCUCGCCCGCGGCAACAACGAGCCCUAUCCCGGCCGCCAGGGCAAGCUGGUCAACGCCAUCUGCAACGGCCUGAGCAGCUGCGACUACGAGGACAUCAAGUUCUACAACCCUGGCAACUCCAACUACUGCGCGGCUGUGCAGGAGGGCGCCGCCAACGGUCUGUCCCAGAUGACCGCCUACAACCAGAAGUGCCCCGAGUCGAAGCUGGUUCUUAGCGGUUUCUCGCAGGGUGCCAAUGUUGCUGGUGAUAUCCUGGGCGGAGGCGGCGGUCAAAUCUUUGGUUGCACGCAGGGAGCCAACGUUGGAUUCAACACAAAGUCUGGACCUGGCAAGAUGAUUGCUGCGGCUAUGCUCUUCGGUGAUGUCCGCCACACUGCCAACCAGGCCUACAACUUCCUCGACGGCGCCAGCCACAACGGCGCUGCGCCCCGUCCAUCCGAAAUGCUCCAGAACAUGGCUGCCUACGGAGAUAAUCUUCGCUCCUACUGCCCCAAGGGCGACCCCGUCUGCGCAGGAGGCUCCAUCACCGCCGACCACCUGAACUACUUCGACCUGUACUCCGAAUCAGCUGCCGCGUGGGUUCACGAGCGCCUCAGUGCCUUCGAUGGCAAGUCCACAUCGCCUACUUCAUCCAAGGGCGAGACAACGGCCAAGACGACCGGCACCGCCACCCAGGGAGCUUACCCGACCAUCUCCGUCCACCCCGGAUCCAACGGUACCACCUACGAACCCGUUACAGUCCCCGCCUACGGCCAAGAUUCCGACAUCAUCACCUACAAGCCUGAGCCGAUGACGACUGUUGUCACCAAGGUUGCCACUGUCACCUCGGAGUGCGCGUCCAAGGGAUCUGUCUACACCGAGUACCGCACCGUCUCUGUCGAGUGCCCCAUCUGCCUGUCCGUCUCCAAGAUGACCGAGACCGCAUCUGCCACUGGCCCAAAGAAUACCGAGCCUGUCUGGGCCACUCAGACCAACUCCAAGCCCACUGCCACUGGAUAUGUCCCCGUCAACAACGCUACUGCCAGCCACUACGCUCCCGGGUCGUCGUCUUCUGCUCACCCCACCCCGGCUCCCAGCGUGCCUGUUGUUGGCGCCAGUGCUGCUUCUGGAUAUUUGCCCCAGCUUGCUGGUGUGAUCUGCGUCGUUGCCGCUGUUCUGGCUCUCUAA